CUUUGAGGCUGUAAAACACAAGACCCUGAGGGCAUUCUCUGUCUGAGCUGUGCCUCUUCAGGAAAACUGACUGCGCAAGAGAAAGGAAGAGUGAGCUGGUAUCUUCUGUAGUAGUAGAGGUUCAUGUUGAUGCAUUUGGCGUCCAGCUGAGAUGCCGCGUCGCUGACGGUCCUGCCCCGUCUGUCGAACCGGACCAAUGAUGAUAAUGAAGGCGAUGAUGUCCACACGGCGCGUGUAGCGCUAUAUUCCACACUGCCGGACUUUUUCCAGACACUCCUCUCUGACCCACGCUCGUUCACACCUCAGAUGGACUACCUUUACUCUGCACUCACCAGUAAAAUGCAUUGCAUCGCACUCCUGCUGGCCGGCUUGACUUUUUGUUGCAAAGUGUCCGUGCACAGCUGUUUAGAUUACGAUGACAGUUAUGAUUAUUAUGAGGAGGAGAAAACAGAGACAAUAGACUACAAGGAUCCCUGCAAAGCAGCUGUAUUUUGGGGAGACAUUGCUUUGGAUGAUGAGGACUUGAAAAUGUUUCACAUUGAUGGGACGAUAGACCUUAAGCAACAAACACAUGGGAGACAAGGACACACAUCUGGAGGUUUAGGAGAAAACGAGCCCACUAAGAAGAGGGGUUCGUUAUAUCUGUUGCUAGACAGAAUACGACGGUUAGGUUUUGAGUCGUGGCCAGUAAACAGCAGUAAAGAUGUGUCGAGUAUGAAGACUGGAGUGAGAAGAGUAAACAGCGUCAGAAAUGUAAAGUCUCGAGUCCCACGUGCUGCUACGUCCCGAGCUGAGAAGAUCUGGCCUGGAGGAGUCAUCCCUUAUGUCAUAGGAGGCAACUUCACCGGAAGUCAGAGGGCCAUGUUAAAGCAAGCAAUGAGACACUGGGAGAAACAGACGUGUGUGACUUUCAUUGAGAAGACUGAUGAGGAGAGCUACAUUGUCUUUACGUACAGACCUUGCGGGUGUUGCUCUUAUGUCGGCCGCCGUGGAAAUGGUCCCCAGGCGAUAUCCAUUGGGAAAAACUGUGACAAGUUUGGCAUUGUGGUUCAUGAACUUGGGCAUGUAAUCGGCUUUUGGCAUGAACACACGCGACCUGACCGUGACGAUCAUGUGACCAUCAUCCGGGACAACAUCCAGCCAGGUCAGGAGUAUAACUUCAUCAAGAUGGAACCAGGGGAUGUCAACUCUCUUGGCGAGCCGUAUGAUUUUGACAGCAUCAUGCAUUAUGCCAGAAACACUUUCUCCAGAGGAAUGUUUUUGGACACGAUUCUUCCCUCUCGUGACGAGAAUGGCGUCAGGCCUGCUAUUGGUCAGAGAACCAGACUCAGCAAAGGGGAUAUAUCGCAAGCCAAGAAGCUGUACAGAUGCCCAGCAUGUGGCGAAACACUACAAGACUCAGUGGGGAAUUUCUCAUCUCCAGGAUAUCCUAAUGGAUACCCAUCAUAUACACACUGUGUAUGGAGGAUCUCCGUCACACCUGGGGAGAAGAUAGUGUUAAACUUCACCACUAUGGACCUCUAUAAGAGCAGCCUGUGCUGGUAUGACUACAUUGAGGUUCGUGACGGAUACUGGAGAAAAGCGCCAUUGCUGGGCCGAUUCUGCGGUGAUAAAAUUCCAGAAGUUCUGGUCUCUACAGACAGUCGGAUGUGGAUUGAGUUUCGAAGUAGCAGCAACUGGGUUGGAAAGGGAUUCGCAGCAGUCUAUGAAGCAAUAUGUGGAGGGGAGAUCAAUAAGGACUCUGGACAGAUUCAGUCUCCAAACUAUCCAGAUGACUAUCGUCCAUCUAAGGAGUGUGUGUGGAGGAUCACGGUGUCUGAGGGCUACAGCGUAGGCUUGAGCUUUCAGGUCUUUGAGAUCGAGAGGCAUGACAGCUGUGCAUAUGACUAUCUGGAGGUUAGAGAUGGAUUGUCAGAGAAUAGCCCUCUGAUUGGUCGAUUCUGCGGCUAUGAUAAACCUGAAGAUAUCCGUUCUACCUCUAACAACCUCUGGAUGAAAUUUGUCUCUGAUGGGACUGUUAAUAAAGCAGGCUUUGCUGCUAACUUUUUCAAAGAGGAAGACGAGUGUCUGAAGCCAGAUAAUGGAGGCUGUGAACAGAGAUGUGUGAACACAUUAGGAAGCUUCAAAUGUGCAUGUGAUCCUGGAUAUGAACUGGCUCCUGACAAGAAGAGCUGUGAAGCUGCGUGUGGUGGUUUGUUGACUAAGUUGAAUGGCACAAUUACCACCCCGGGCUGGCCUAAGGAAUACCCUCCCAACAAAAACUGUGUGUGGCAAGUAGUGGCCCCGACUCAGUACCGCAUAUCCAUGCAGUUUGAAGCCUUUGAGCUGGAGGGAAAUGAGGUGUGCAAGUAUGACUACGUUGAGGUGCGGAGUGGCUUGUCAUCUGACUCAAAACUUCAUGGGAAAUACUGCGGCACGGAAGUUCCUGAGGUCAUCACCUCCCAGUACAACAACAUGCGAAUCGAGUUCAAAUCAGACAACACAGUCUCCAAGAAAGGCUUCAAAGCUCAUUUCUUCUCCGAUAAAGAUGAAUGUUCAAAGGAUAACGGUGGAUGCCAGCAUGAGUGUAUCAACACUAUUGGCAGCUAUGUGUGCCAGUGCCGCAACGGCUUCAUCCUACAUGAGAACAAACAUGACUGCAAGGAAGCUGAGUGUGAGCACAAAAUCCACAGCACGACUGGAACCAUCAGCAGUCCAAACUGGCCUGACAAAUACCCCAGCAGAAAAGAGUGCACAUGGGACAUCACCGCAACCCCUGGUCACCGCGUCAAAAUUUCUUUUAAUGAAUUUGAGAUUGAGCAGCACCAGGAAUGCGCAUAUGAUCACCUGGAGGCCUUUGACGGUGAUUCAGACAAGACUCCCAUCCUGAGUCGUCUGUGUGGCAAUAAGAUUCCUGAACCACUCAUAUCCACUGGAAACAAGAUGUAUCUGCGCUUCAUCUCUGAUGCCUCAGUUCAACGGAAAGGCUUUCAGGCCACUCAUUCCACCGAAUGUGGUGGGAGGCUAAAAGCAGAAGCACGACAGAAGAACCUGUAUUCUCAUGCUCAGUUUGGAGAUAAUAACUACCCUGGACACACCGACUGCGAGUGGCUCAUAGCGGCAGAGUCGGGUUAUGGCAUCGAACUCACUUUCACCACCUUUGAGGUAGAAGAAGAGGCCGACUGCGGGUACGAUUACAUCGAACUUUACGAUGGCUACGACACUGGAGCGCACAAAAUCGGACGCUUCUGUGGAUCUGGGCCCCGUGAGGAGCUUUACUCUGCUGGCGAUGCCGUGUUGAUCCAUUUUCACUCUGACGACACCAUCAGUAAGAAAGGCUUCCACAUCCGCUACACUAGCACAAAGUUUCAGGAGGCGCUACACACACGCAAGUAACAUUUGAGAGACUGAAGACAGGGAUAAAAUGAGGAGAAAAAGACUCCAGCAAACUAUUGCGAUUGAUUCAUUUCAAUCAAAGACCCUGCCGUUAUGUGUUUCCUGCAUUGGAUUUGCCUCUUUAUGUUCAGCCACUACAGAAGUGCUGUCAUAUUGACCCUAAACACCAAUCAGCUGCUCUUAUGUGUGGGAUUGCUCCGCCCGCUGGAGUGGUGUCUUGCGCUCUCUGACUGGAGCAGUGCAGUGAAAACUCACACACACACACACAAACACACACAAUCACACACAAAAAAACUUUCUUGUUGGCUGUCCAUUCUUCACACAUAGAGUUGCACACUGAAACUAAGGGACACUGAUAAUAAGACAUUUAAGUAACUGCUAUUGAACAGGUGUGUGUGUCGCUCUGGACAGCAUGGACAGUUUGGCUGCUGACGCCACACCACACUGUACCUCAGCUAAAAAUGUGUGUGUGUAUUUGGAUGUGUGUGUUUGAAAGAAAAACAAAGAGAGAAAGAGAGAGAGAGGCCUUCAAAUACCAGCCUGAACUCAUUCAAAUGUUUUUUUUAAUUGUGGUUGUAAAAUUCUUCUGUUAUUAUUCUGUUAGCUUUAUGGCAAAACCCAUUUUCUUUCCAUCAAAAGUGAAAAGUAAAUAUGUAGCCAUUUUUAACAAUAAGCUUCCUUACAUAUAUGUAGACCAUUGUUUAUGUCAGCGGAGACAGACAUCAUUUGUCAGUGAUUCGAACUAUUAAGGUAGAGGGUCUUAUUCACUAAGUAUCUGCACGCAUCAAUUGGUGUGUGAAAUUUCCAUCUAAGGCUCACUCUGAAAAUGUACCUCUACAUACAUUUCUGGAGAUCGCCAAAUACAUCCCAUGAGCUAUGUUUUUUCGCAGUUUCGUUUUUCUCGAAUCCAUCAGAGACUGCUGUGUAUGCUUUUUGAGAUCUCAAAUUUCUCUCGCGAGUGCCAUUCGCACCUGCAGUUCGCGCGUAAAUCCACCAGAGGCCGCCCAACCAAAAGUGUUUUCAAAAGCACAGAUUGACCCGCCCACCCACUUCCCUAAACCCAACCGACAAAUUUACAAAGCAAUUCAGAAAAAGAAAAGCCCUCAUCUGAUUUGUACCCACGUUUUACCGCAUUCUCAUCCUGUUAUUUACUUGUUUAUAUAGAUUUUUAGGUUCUGUUUUUGUCUUACCUGCUUUCUGGAACCUUUUCUCACUGGACUCUAGUGGACAAACUGGUAACAGCCGGAAAGCCGUCCAUAUGUAAGCGGUCAGCUGGUACGCGUGAAUAGGAAUAGUGUCAUACCGCCCCGUAGCGUUCAUUUAAAAAAUGAAAUGCAGCCAUGUGUACUUCUGGCUACAUAAUUCUUAAAUCUCCAGAAAUGUAUAUAGAGCCACGUUUUCAGAAUGAGCCUAUGUUGGAAAUUUCACAAAUCACAUAUACUGUGUUUUGUACUAAAAUUUAUUCUAAAUUCCAAAAAGGAAUGACUGAAACCACACAUCUGCAAGUCACAUGCUCUGGGUGGCCUUAUGAUUGUAAGAUCAAGUCUUAUACAUCAAUACAUUUCAUCAUAUUCUUUUUGCCUCUGGGACACACAUCAAGUUCCCUUUUCAUUAAACUAUGACACAUUUGUCCCCAUAUGAACAUACGCACACCCCACUUAACAUAAAUACAGAUUGAAAGAAUACUAGGCUACGUUUACACUGCAGGCAAAUGUUGUCCAUCUGUUUUUGUCAUGAGAGUGUAAAGAGCCCAAACAGCAUGGAAUCUAAUCUUUUCAAUUUUGACUAUGCCGCUUUUAAAUGUGGUAUUAAAUCAGAUACAGAUCUGAUGUUCUGAAAUUCGACUGCAGUAUGAACUCAUGUGAAUACUGAAUUCAUGUGACUUUUACAUCACUUUUGAUCGACACAUGUCAUUAUUCUGUACUGGUUUGUGCUGCAAACAUCCUCUACUCCCAGCGGUAUAGCAGAAUAGCACACAUGGCAAAUACUUGACCAAACAUGAAGGUUGCUCAUUUUGAAUAUUUUUUGAAUGAGAGCCGCUGCUUGCUAAUUAAACAUUAUCCGUCAACUUGUAACAAAAAAAAGAUUGUCCAGUUAGAUUUAAAAUACCACUAUAAUUGCAAUUUGCAUAUAUUAAAAGAAUAAAAUACAUAGGCCUACAUGAAAUGGCUAUAUUUCACUUAAAUAAUUUAUUUACAACAUCAAAUGCAACAAGUUUAAGGCUCUUUUUAAACCUUUUUUUUUGUUGUUAAGGACAAAAUCCUUCAAUAUGCUGGUAGGCAACGUUUCAGUUUCACUUUGAUGAGAUUUGACUGGAUACAGCCUAUGCUGUUUAUAAGAAAAUAAAAUGAAUUAACAGUAGGCUAGGUUAUCAGACUCUGCAAAGUGAAAACAAUGGAUGCUUUUUACAUUUUCGGGUUUCUCGGUAGUGGAUGUAUAAACUUAGAGUGCAGUGAAUCAGAGAGUACAACAAAACAUUUUUUUACAACCCUAUUUGCUGAAAUAAUGACAAACCCCCCCCCCCCCACAAUGGUGUUAUCAAGACUUUCAGAAAAAAGGAAAAAAAUUGUGUGCGACUGAUGACGGCUAAUUUAGUCUCAGCCCCAUAGACGCUGCAUUAGAAACAUCUCGCAUAAGCAGUCAUUCGUUUUUUAUUGUAAUUUGAUGCAAAGAUGAUAUAAUACAUUCAUAAAUGCAUGUUAAUGUUCAUACUUUUUUUUUUUUAAAUCUAGAUAUUAAAAACUUAUAUUAUAAUUUCCAUAUAAUUUUUAACGCUAGGUGUGUGCUCUGCCUUUACAGUUCAGUCUGCUCAUUAAUUCUUGAUGAGUUCACAACACACCUGUGGUUCACAACACACAGUGGUGGUUAACAACAAAUAAUCACAAAGUGACAAAUUUCGGGAGGAGCACGCUCAGAAGUUUCAGUAUCAAAUACGUCAUUGACAAUUGUUCUAUUAUUCAAUCAGUUCUUGACCAAACCCCUAUAUAUACCAAAGCUGUCUUACCUGCAGCAUCUUAUGACUUUAGCAUCCCUCCACCACCUUGUCACCUCACCUCUUAAGCAUUACAAUUCUGGGGGGAGCAUUCUGCGGCCGGGCUAGAUACUUCGCUCAAAUCCCAAUUCCUCUCUGUUUCCUGAUAAGAGGAAUAACUCGAGUUGGGGUGUCUUCCCCCAGCUCAGAGCCCGCCAAAUACGCUUUAUUCUGAAACUAUUGCAAGUGUGAACUCGUGAAAAAACGUAUUUUAGGUUUCAAACACUGAAAUGCACAUUAGCACGAGAAAAACAACCUUUUACAGAAAUAUUCAUAAAAAACACAACGGUUGACUGUGAAAAACAUAAACAUAAUCUGACCGUAGUAUGAAUGGUUAUGUAGCUUUUAAAUAAUUUUCGAUCAACACAUGUCAUUAUUCUGUACUGGUUUGUGCUGUAGACAUCCUCUUCUCCCCAGCGGUAUAGUGGAAUAGCACACUGGGCAAAUACUAUUAUCCAAAAUUUAAGGUUGCUCAUUUUGAAUAUUUGCGUUAUUCACUUCAUACAGAAUACAAAUUGUGUGCAUAAUUAGACAUUUUGUGCUGUGCAUAUUGGUACUUUUGCGCAUGCGGGUCAGUUUAGGACCAUGAUCUGUGCACAUUGUAAAACUGAUAUUGGCCACAUUUUGAACAACAGUGUGAACAGCUAAAAAAUCUGAUCUGAAAAAAAAAUCCGAUUUGAAUCCGAAGUCUCUCAGUGUGAACGUAGCUUUAGUAACACUACUGAUGAACAAAUAUUAAAAAGCAGUCCCAAACUAGUUUUUAUAGAUUCAAUAAAAUGAGUAGUGGUUGUUUAACAGCAAGUUACAUACUGGUCAUUUCUUUUGCUCUCGUGAUGCAUCACUACACCUGUGCAUGCUGUUGAAGAGUAUUGUGAACACAGUAACAGCUGACAGCUUGGGAACGUUUGUUCGACUUUUGAAUAGUUUUUAUUUCUUUACAAAGAACAAAAAUGUUAUUUUUCGGUUACUUUAUUAAUAUGACUAAAAUGAUUUUCAUGUAAGACAUCCCAGCAGGCACACAACACCAUAAGACAUUAAUAUUAGGUUAGAUUUAGGUCAUGACGUCAGGUGACCAAAAUUCAAUGUCUAGCCAGCGUCUUAGGACAACGUUAUUUUGACGUCCAAUAACGACGUCAAAUUACAUUGAUAUUUGGUUGAUCUUGGGUUGUGUUGGAAAAUGACCAAAAUCCAACAUCUGAUAGAUGUCAUAGUAGUAAUGUCCACACAACGUCAAGGUGUAACAUGAUUAGACAUUGAUUUUAGGUUGAUUUUAAGUUGGACGUCGGACAUUGAUGUCAGCCUGACGUUGGGUUCUGAUGUAAACCAGAUUUUCAUUUCCAAACAAAAUCCAAUGUCCCCGACGUUGGGGUACAACAUCAAUAUGGCAUCAUGUUGAUGUCCUGUGCCUGCAGGGAUUACACACUAUGCUUAGCCCAUAUUUUUGAAAUUUUACUUGGCAAGCUCUUGUAAGCAGCUGGAUUUUACUGUAGGCAAUCGAGCACCGGUUGCUGCUCUUGUCUGGCCACCUUCUGCAUUUCCACUAUUGAAAAUAGACACUCACAUCUGCUGCAUUGUGUCUCAAAUGGCCUUUUGGAAAAAAAAAAUUUUCUCAAGCACAAAGGAACCAUGUCUAAAAGGAGCUAUCAACAGCUUUCACAAACACCUUUCAAAAUCAAAAAGCGUACAAGAACACUCUGCAACCCACCAGUUGAGAAACACCAGCCUAAUAUAUAUUGUACAGUUAUCUAGAGGUCUGUAAUCUGAGUCUGCAUUAAUGGAGUUUGAGCGGAGAUCUGGCUCCUCUAGAGUCAUUUGUUUGCUCAUAGUUAUGAAAGGCUGAUCAAAUACCUUUUAUAUAGAGAUGGUUUGGGUGUCUUAUGAAAGUGACUAAACUCCAAAGUCAUUAACAUACACAAUUAGUCCAUUUUAUUAGAAGUUUCGUUUAAAAAUCGUGCAAUGUGAAUUUUAGUGAAUGAGACCCAGUGUCUUGUGCUUCGUUCAUGAAGAGGCCCACAGGGAAUCUAGAAGCCAUUCACAACACCUUGUGUGUUCACUUACCAAACACCAGUAAUUGAAUACAACAUUUGAUCAUGCUAUGAAAGUGUAAUGCUAUUUCACAAUUGCAUUCCCAAGAUUGUAUUCAAAUAGUUAGAUUCCAUCUGGGCCUGUUCCUGACUUCCACAAAGCAUGUGAAUUUGUUUGAUCACAGAAAAUGAUCUAAUUUGACUGUUGAAGAAAUCAGUGGUUUUCUUAAUUUUCCAGUAAAGCCUCAUGAAGAAAUGAAAAGGAAAUGAUGUCAUAAAGCCUUGCAUAAUAUGUCUGUUACAGCUGUGACUAUAACCACCUUAACCCUGUGCGCUUUAUAUGCACUUAACACAGAAAGACUGGAACUGUGUGCUCUCCAAUCAUGCAAAUACCAAUGAAGAUGACAAACUGAGCUCAGACAAACACGACGGAUACAGACUCAUCACAAGGGAACGUUCUUUGUUGCUAUAUUGUUGCUAUAUUCCCAAUGACGAGUUUUCCCAGCUUGGAAAGAAGUCGCUGUUGAAGGGAAAAUCCUACGGUGCUAUUCGGUGUCUCGAAGCAAACGACAGAUCCCAUGAAGCAAUGCUCCAGCCAUUCAGUGAAUGCGUUGGUGCAGUUGAGAGGCAACGUCGAGAUGACGACUUCGCUCAACUAAAACACUGACAAACACAUUCUCACAGCAUUGACAGCACUAGUGUUGUGGAGGAACAAUUAUUGCCUUAGAACCAAAAUGUACAUUCUUGCACAUGGUGAUGUUUCUGUAGAUAAUGAUGUUUUUGUUUUCAAAUUAUUAUUAUAUUUUAUUUGAUAUUAAGUUUAAAGAACUUGAACCUUUAUGUUUAAAAAAAAAGAUCUUUAAAUGGACUGACCUGAAACCGUCCCCUUUUGCCACGCGCACACACACACAGAUACGUUUUAAUGCUUUAAAUUCUGUCAGACUGUGAUGUAUGUGUGCAUCUGUUGGUCACAGGUCAUGUGACUCUGUUCUGACUCAUGUGAGUAUUUCUGUAUGUGCCAAGCUCCUGUUGAUUCCACUCUAGAUGAAUUACGAUGUAUGAAAAUGUGAAACAUGAUUUAUUCAACUGUUUUAGCAUCAUCCCAAUGACUCUUCAAAGAAGGACUCUUCAUUCUCAAACAGUGAUUAAACUCAUGUCAGGUCAAUUAAA